UUCUCCCAUCUCGGACCAUUUCUCCCCUGACCUACUGUUUAGCUGCUCCCCUCUCUCCACGUCCACUUGGCGCCAUUUCCAUUUCCUCUUCCUUCUUCCCUCACUGCGAAUGGCGACGGAGGCGGCGCCGGAGUGGCUGGAGAAAGGGGACAACGCGUGGCAGCUGGCGGCGGCGACGCUGGUGGGGCUGCAGAGCGUGCCGGGGCUGGUGGUGCUGUACGGCAGCGUGGUGAAGAAGAAGUGGGCCGUCAACUCGGCGUUCAUGGCGCUCUACGCCUUCGCCUCCGUGCUCGUCUGCUGGUGCCUCUGGGCCUUCCGCAUGUCGUUCGGCGACGAGCUCGCCCCCUUCGUCGGCCGCCCGGACCUCUCCGGGCUCGACCAGGCGGGCUUCCUCUCGCGGCAGGGCUUCGCCGGCGCCUACCCCGCCGCCACGCUGGUAUUCUUCCAGUUCGUCUUCGCCGCCAUCACGCUCAUCCUCGUCGCCGGCUCGCUGCUGGGGCGGAUGAAUUUCCGGGCGUGGAUGCUCUUCGUGCCACUCUGGCUCACCUUCUCCUACACCGUCGGAGCCUUCAGCGUCUGGAGCCCCAAUGGUUUCCUCUUCAAGGCCGGCGUCAUGGACUUCGCCGGCGGCUAUGUCAUCCACCUCUCCUCCGGCGUCGCCGGCUUCACUGCCGCCUUCUGGGUUGGUCCGAGGACGGCGAAGGACAGGGAGGCGUUCCCGCCGAACAACAUCCUUCUGACUCUCGCCGGCGCGGGGCUGCUGUGGAUGGGGUGGACGGGGUUCAACGGCGGCGCGCCGUACGCCGCCAACGUCGACGCGUCUGUGGCCGUCCUGAACACGCACCUCUGCACGGCGACGAGCCUCCUGGUCUGGCUCCUCCUCGACAGCUUCGUCUUCGGCCGCCCCUCCGUCAUCGGCGCCGUCCAGGGCAUGAUCACCGGCCUCGUCUGCAUAACUCCGGCGGCCGGGCUGGUGCAGGGGUGGGCGGCGAUGCUAAUGGGCGCGCUCUCCGGGAGCGUGCCGUGGCUCACCAUGAUGGUGCUGCACAAGCGGAGCCGGCUCCUGGCGCGCGUCGACGACACGCUCGCCGUGCUCCACACCCACGGCGUGGCCGGCAGCCUCGGCGGCGUCCUGACGGGGCUCCUCGCCGAGCCGCGCCUCGCCCGGCUCUUCUUCGGCGACGACCCCCGGUACGUCGGCCUCGCGUACGCCGUCCGCGACGGCCGCGCCGGCGCGGGGCUCCGGCAGGUCGCCGUGCAGCUGGCCGGGAUCGCGUUCGUCGUGGCGCUCAACGUCGCCGUGACGAGCGCCGUGUGCCUGGCCGUCCGGGUGGCCGUGCCGCUGCGGCUCAGUGAGGAGCAGCUCGCCGCCGGCGACGACGCCAUACACGGCGAGGACGCCUACGCGGUGUGGGGCGACGGCGAGACGUACGAGCAGUCCGUGCACGGCGGCCACCCUAUGACGUCCAAUCCCGUGGCGUCCAAAGCCGACGAGAUGAUAUGAACCGAACUGAAUUUUUCACAAUCAUUUUACAAAGAAAUUUUACAAAUAGAUUCAUCGAGAAACAUUAUCUAAAAUAUGUUACAUAUCCCGUUCUCGGUGACGGCAGCUAUGCCAGUGACAGUCGAGGUAUAAUGGCUCAUGCCACGCAUGUCACGAUGUGUUACACUGAGGUGGGGUUGACUGUUUUAACUUCACGCCAACCCUUUCUCGAUGCAUGCUAGAUCUCAAUCAACUCCAUCUCGGCAUCACGCAUCAUGCCACCAAAUUGUUAUAUCUCGGCGUCAUGUAAGAAAUAGGCUUAUUUUUAGAUAAUAUUUCUGAAUAUGUCCAUUGGUAAAAUUUGUUAAAAUGUGAAAAAAUCGCAAUUUUGUAUAGUUUGCUUUGACUUGGAUAAGAUCGUUGGAGAUCGAUUAGUUACUGCUGCGAUUAACUAGAGUAUUAUUAGUGUGACGUCUGUUUGGCAGCUUAGAGGAAUAUGACUGGGAGUUCAGGAAAUUUGGAAAUUUGAUGUUUAGGGUUACUUCCUUUUUCGGCAUAAGUAAUGAAAGAGAGUUG